UCUAAGAUCAAUGUUUCGAUAAACUGAAAACUAUAUUGUUCGACGUCACACAUGCCUUACGUACGAAGAGGCCGAUUAAAGAUCAGGAAAGGGACCGGUAAAGGUCAAAAGAUUUAAUACACAAACAACAGUAGAAAAGAACGAACAGAAAUAGAUAAGUGUGGCUCGAAGGAUACAGUCGCCGCUUCGCAGGGAUGUUAUGUUUUAUUAGUAUGCUCUCAAUUUUUCUCUCGGUAUCAUCAGCUUAUCCACGGAUCUGUUCAGACGCAAAACCUGUCGAUAUUCUCGGAGAGGCGUUGACUGAAAAAUCAUCUUUGCCCAUCGGUGUUGAAGUCGUGAAAGCAGACGGUGUGAAAGGUUACAGAUUCAACUCAGAUUCUGUGACGUUCGGUGUCAACAGUGAAAAAGUAUUCAAAAGGUGUCCAUCGUUGCCUACAGAAUUUUCAAUUCAGAUUAACUACCGACAUCCAGUACCUAGGAAUACAUACGAAUACAUGCUCACCCUGCUUGCCCCGGACCGCAGCACGAUCCUCUUUGCAGUACGGUUGCGAAACAAUUCACUUUUGCUGGAAUUUGUACAAGAUAUUGAUCAUAGUGUUCAAACAGUACAAUUUAAAAACAUCCAACUCACAGACGGAGAAUGGCAUAACCUCGUUAUUUCUGUCACAGAGAGAGAAAUCAAGUUUACACUUGAUUGUGAGGAAUAUACAAGAAUAAUUGACCAGCCCAUAGCUACAGAUUUGAAUAUCAGGAAAACUAGAUUUUACAUUGGAAGUGGACGACAGAAAAGGAAUAGGUUCACGGGUACGUUACGUCAGAUUAUAUUUUUGCCUGGAGCAGAUGCAACAAAUCUAAUAUGUCCUUCACCAAAUCCAUCUCUUGCGACUGUGCAGCAAAAUCUAAAGGCUGAUCUUCGAUCUGGCAGCCAUGUGGUUCCAGUUAUUUUUCAAGAAGAACAACCCUACAUCACGUGUUCAAGACGUCACAAAGGAAGACUAUUAUAUACCUCAGAUUCGACUUUGAAAGUUUGCGACGGUGAAGAUUUUGCAGACAUAAAGUCAAGUCCUCUGAGAAUGGAUUAUUUAGUCGAUUAUGAAGAUAUUCCAACAAACAGUAGUAUUGAUAUCGAAGCUUUCGAUAUUCCUGACGAAGGGCAUUUUCUGGCAACUGCUAAUAGAGGUGGAGAGAAAGACAGCAAAUCUGCUAUAUACAAAUGGGAUGGUGUGAAAUAUGUCAUAUUUCAAAAAGUUUCAACGAAAAAUGCUCAACAUUGGAAAUAUUUUUCAAUAGGAGAUGAGCAUUUUUUAGCAUUGGCAAACAGCGGAUAUCGAGGAAAAAAUAAUGUGAAAAGCAUAAUAUUUCGAUGGAAACAGAAAAAAAGAAAAUUUGUUCGGCACCAGUUAAUUUUAACCUAUUCCGCGAGGCGAUGGGAAACUUUCGAAAUCGAUGGACAGCAUUACAUUGCCGUUGCCAAUCAUGAAGAUGAUGCCAACAAUAUUUACAACUUAUCAGAAAUAUUCAUUUGGAAUCCCGAUGGACGAAUGUUUUUACCUUAUCAAAAUAUACCUUCAGUUGGAGCAGUUGAUAUUGAAUUUUUUAGGAUCGAACUCUCGCAAACCUUCAAUUUUAUUGUGGUUGCAAAUGCUUUUAAUGGACAAACUUCGAACAUUAAUUCAAGUAUUUUCUUCUGGCAAAGAGGAAAGUUUCAAUUUUUUCAGGAUAUUGAGACUAUGGGAGCCUCCGACUGGGAAUUCUUUGAAAUUGAUGGUAGAUUCUAUCUCGCUGUAGCGAAUACCUUUGACCUCGAUACAAGAGUGAGCGGCGAACGAAAUUACAGAAUAAGUUCUCCGAUAUAUGAACUCAACAUAUAUUUGCAACGAUUUGAAAAGAUUCAAGACGUAAUAACUUUUGGAGCUCGUGAUUGGGAAUUUUUUACUGUUGGUGAUAACUCCUACCUCAUCGUAUCAAGUAUUGCAACUUUGGAUAAUAAACCAGUAUCAAACGUUAUUUAUAAAUGGCAAGGAGUGGAGAAAUUCGUACCUGUCCAUAACUUCACAUCCCGCCCUUCAACGGAUUUUGAGCACGUGGCAAUUGCCGGACAACAAUACCUCGCUAUGGCACAACCUUUUUUAUUUUUUUCUAAAUUAUUUAAAAUCGUAACGUAUUGAUAAUGUGUCCAAUGAACGAUAUACCUCAACCAGAAAAGGAAAUGAUUUUUCAUGAUUGUAUUAUAUAUUUUGUAUAACUUGUCAAAAUGUAACUUUCCUGUCCGUAAGGUUUCACCUUUAUUCAGUUUAAUUCUUAACUGAAAAGUCUAAAGAUGUACAGUGGAAAGCUGGCAAUAUUGAGUCAAAUUUUGCAUCAACGAAAGCAGAAACCCUAACAGAACUGUAAUAAAUUAUAAGGUUAGAUUUUGAUAUGCCUUAGAUAAAUCAUGGAUGUGCUACAGGCUGCCCGCGGGCCACAACCUUGUUGAGUAUAUGGCCCUCCAACAAAAAAUCUCGCACACCCCUGUGUUAGAUCUUUAAGAAAACAGGUAUAGAAUUUUUAAAGUGGUUUAUGCUCGCUCUGCAAACAGGGCUUUUGCAAGAAGUCUGACA